UUUGACUAGCAUAAUUUUGGUUUACAUUAUUGGACUGAUUAUUCAAAUUUUACUAUUGAUUAAAAUUAAAAUAAAAAUAAAAAUCUUCUCUUUUAAUUAUUUAAUUAAUCUUCAUUUCUCUAAUCCUUACUAACUCACGGUUACUUAGGGCCGAAAUUGGGCCAAAUCCUGUCAGACCCGCUCCUGUACGAUCAAUUUAUGAAAUUGCUUCCUUGUUUCCUUCUAGAUGAUCUUGUUUGGCUCUUCAGGGUCGGGCCUAGGCAUCUAACCGAGCUAGCAGGUCAGGCUCAAAUUAAUCAAGACAUUGAUUUUUGAGAUUAUAUUUUGGCACCAAAAUUUAUUUUAUCUUACAAUUUAGGACCUAAACUUUAUUUUUUGCAAAUAGGUUCACAGAUUUUGAUAGUGAGAUUAUGUUUUAGUACCUUUAUGUUUUUACCUUGUAUUUUAGGGGUCGUUUGGAAGUUGCGAUUGUUAAAUAGAAUUAUUGUUGAGAAUGCAUGUAUAAUUGUCGAAUUUGAUGCAUUGUAGAAUAUAACGUUUGGUAUGUGUGAUUGUGUAUGUCGCAUUAGCUAAAAGUUGAGACAAAACAAUCUCAACUCAACUAUCUCAACAAUCACAACUAAAAAAACAAUCCAUGUAUUGUUUCUGCUAAAAAAACAAUGCAUUGUAAACAAUACAUGCAUAAUGACAAUCUCAACAAAACUAUCGCAACUUCCAAACGAACCCUUAGUACAUUAUCUUCUAAAACGGGUCCAAUACGUUGGUCUGGGGAUUUUCAUAUCAUUAGUUGUUGUUAUAGGCUGGGGGGGGGGGGGGGGGGGGGGGGGGGGGGGGGGGGGGGGGGGGGGGGGGGGGGGGGGGGGGGGGGCUGGGGGGGGGCGGGGGGGGGGGGGGGGGAACCCGACCGUACCCGAUCUUUACAGGAUCAAAAGACGAACCGGCCCUAAACGCGACCCUAAAAUUGCUAUGGAACAAAGAAAGGUAAAAUAAUAGUACUCAACGUGGGAAGAAAGAACCAUUAUUAAAAUUCACAAAACAAAUCCUCUCAUUUAUAUAUUUAUAACAAGAAAAUCAACCGCAAUCUUCUCCCCUUUCGAAAAAUAGUCCUUUUAAGACAACUAGCAGAAUUGUAAAUGAACUAAACAUUGAUUGGCACUUCUAUAGGGAUCUUGUAUCUAAAAAUAUAUAUAUAUAUAUAUUUUCUGGAGACGUACAAUUUAAUUUUGUAGCGUAACACGUUGCGAUUUGUAGAUAGAUAAAAGGGAGCUCCUCUGAUUAUAUUGCUUCUUUGUGGCCUUUCUCAAAUUCAGCAGGCAACAAGCUAGCUAGCAAAGCAAGCAAGCAAGCAAUUUAAUUAAUGGGUAGCCUGGUUGGUCGAGGACGAGCUGCCGCCGGUAGGCUGAUGGAAGUUGUGGUGACGUCCGUGGAGAGCGUGAAACCCCGAGCGGUAGUUGAUCAGUUCCGUACCAUGCAGCAGCCAUUUAAGCUGUCCCUUCUCGACCAGUUGAUGAGCCCGCACUACACUUCCAUGGUCUUCUUCUACCCGGCGGCCGCGAAGCAUGGGCAUAAUAAAACUACUGAUCAUCAUUAUGUUUCAGCGGCGGCCGAUGAGCUGAAAGCCUCGUUGUCCAAGGCCCUGAACCCAUUCUACCCGCUGGCCGGGCGCGUGAGGGACAACCUCGUCAUCGACGACUUCCACGCCGGCGUACCCUUCUUCGAAGCUCGAGCCAGAGGGCUAACCCUUUCCGAGUUCCUCAGUCCGCCCAAGUUAGACUUGCUCAGCGACUUGGUUGCAUUGGAGCCAUUUCGCCUCCUAACAACAGAUCAAGUCAACGGUGGUGAUGACGUGCCGCAGCUUGCUGUUAAGGUACGCGCGUACGUUCAUAGUUGACCGAAUUUUGUUUAUGUCGAUCGAUUAACCGCUAUCUAUCCUAUCACGGUGGCCGGUAUAUAUUUGUCAGAGUAAAGCGAGAACAAUAACACCGGAUUUAACGU